CCUAGACAAGAAAUACUAACCUAAUAUUUUAAUAUUUUUAUUGUUGAAUUUCUGUGACUUUUAUAAAAUGAUUUAAUGGAUUGUAUACAGAUUAAAAUUAGAGUAUUAUUAUAUUAAAUAAUUUUGUUUAGUUAUUAAAAAAUAAAUAUGGGUAGUAAAAAAAUUUCAAAAUAUAUUUUGUUAGGAUCUUUGACGGCGAGUAGCUUUUUAGCAGGUACAUAUUUUGAGAGAAAAAAUAGGUCUCAGUUAAAAAAACAAAUUUAUAACCUACCUGCCCUACCAAUAUUUGGUACGGUUUCUGCAGCUACUGCUUUUUCUCCUGCUCCAGUCGAAAGUAAUGUUAGUAGAUGUUCUCAGAUAAUGAAAUAUGGCUUUCCUGGUUUAGAUAAUGUAAGAUCUUUUGAUGAUUUUGUUUUAAGUUAUGACCGUCGUAAUAGAGUUGCUCACUGGGUAUUUGAACACUUAACAGUUGAUAAUGUUAAAAAGAACGAUGCCGUGGAUAGGUCAAAAUGUGAAUUUAAACCUGAUGAAAGUAUCCAUAAAUUUUUUAGGUCAGAUAAUUCGGAUUAUAAAGGCUCUGGUUAUGAUCGUGGACAUUUAGCGGCAGCAGGGAAUCAUAAAUUUUCACAGAAACAUAUUGAACAAACUUUUUUCUUAUCAAAUAUGGCCCCACAAGUUGGCGUAGGAUUUAACAGACAUUCAUGGAAUAGGUUGGAGAAACAUGUUCGAAAAUUAACAAAAGUUUACCCAAAUGUGUACUGUUGUACUGGUCCUCUUUAUUUACCAAGAAAAGAAGCAAAUGGGAAGAAUUAUGUAAAAUAUGAAGUUAUUGGUGCAAAUCAUGUAGCUGUUCCAACCCAUUUUUAUAAAGUAGUUGUAGGUGAAACUCUAGACGGAAGAUUAGAAAUGGAAGCAUAUGUAAUGCCUAAUCAAGUCAUAGAUGAUGAUGUACCUUUAACCAGUUUUCAAGUUCCUCCAGAAAGUAUUGAACGAGCAGCUGGUUUAUUAUUUUUUGACAAUAUUUCACGAAAUAAAAUUUCGAAAAUUAAUGGAAAAAAAAAUUUGUAACUCCCAAAUGUAGUUUAUUUUUUAAAUUGACUUAUUUAUUGACAAAUAAUGUGAUCAUUUUUAAUGUGUAAUAGUUUUGUUAAAUAUAGAGCACUUAUUUUAA